AGCGGCCCUCCCUCUCGGUCACGUGACGCGGGUCGAAUGUUUACCUUCGAGGCGGGCGCCCCCCGCCCCUCCCCCCCCGCGCGCCCGUGACCGUUUCGCUUUCAUUUCCGGGCAGCCGCGGGCCGGGGCCGGAGCCGGGAGCCGCCCCUCCCCCCCACACACACCCCGCGGAGGCGGCGCCGGGCCCGACGCGACAUGGAGGAGCUGGUGGUGGAGGUGCGGGGCUCCAACGGGGCCUUCUACAAGGCAUUUGUUAAGGAUGUGCAUGAAGACUCCAUAACAGUUGCAUUUGAAAACAACUGGCAGCCAGAGAGACAAAUUCCAUUCCAUGAUGUGAGGUUUCCUCCACCUACAGGUUAUAAUAAAGAUAUAAAUGAAAGUGAUGAAGUAGAGGUUUAUUCCAGAGCCAACGAAAAAGAACCAUGUUGCUGGUGGCUAGCUAAAGUGAGAAUGAUAAAGGGUGAGUUUUAUGUAAUAGAAUAUGCAGCCUGUGAUGCUACAUACAAUGAAAUUGUCACAAUUGAGCGUUUAAGAUCUGUGAAUCCCAACAAACCUGCAACAAAAGAUACUUUUCACAAGAUCAAACUGGAAGUGCCAGAAGAUUUAAGGCAAAUGUGUGCCAAAGAAUCUGCUCAUAAGGACUUCAAAAAGGCAGUUGGAGCAUUUUCUGUAACAUAUGAUUCUGAAAAUCAUCAGCUCAUCAUUUUGUCAAUUAAUGAUGUUACAACAAAGCGAGCGAAUAUGCUUAUCGAUAUGCACUUUCGAAGUCUUCGUACCAAGUUAUCUCUGAUAUUGAGGAAUGAAGAAGCUAGUAAACAGCUGGAGAGCUCGAGGCAGCUUGCAUCACGAUUUCAUGAACAGUUUGUUGUACGUGAAGACCUAAUGGGUCUGGCCAUUGGCACUCAUGGUGCUAAUAUUCAGCAAGCCAGAAAAGUACCUGGUGUGACUGCUAUUGAUCUUGAUGAAGACACCUGUACAUUCCAUAUUUAUGGAGAGGACCAAGAUGCAGUAAAAAAGGCUAGAAGCUACCUAGAAUUUGCUGAAGAUGUCAUACAAGUCCCAAGAAAUUUAGUAGGAAAAGUAAUAGGAAAAAAUGGAAAACUGAUACAGGAGAUAGUGGACAAAUCGGGUGUUGUGAGAGUGAGAAUUGAGGCUGAAAAUGAUAAGAAUAUUCCACAAGAAGAGAGCAGGGGAUCGGCAACAUACAGCCCACAGGCCAGAUUUGGCCCCCCAAGCUUGUUUAAGUGGCCUGCCAAGCUCCAGGCCCCUGCAGACUGCAAGGAGCAUCCUGAAGUUCAGAGCGCUUCUGGACAUGCAGGGGAGGGAAUGGUACCAUUUGUGUUCGUGGGAACCAAGGACAGCAUCACUAACGCAACUGUGCUUUUGGAUUAUCACCUUAAUUAUUUAAAGGAGGUGGACCAACUACGUUUGGAAAGAUUGCAAAUUGAUGAGCAACUCCGACAGAUUGGAGCUACUUCUAGACCACCACCAAAUCGUACUGAUAAAGAAAAAGGGUAUAUGACUGAUGAUGGUCCAGGACUUGGACGGGGUAGUCGACCCUAUAGAAACAGAGGACACAGCAGACGUGGUCCAGGCUAUGCUUCAGGAACCAACUCUGAAGCAUCAAACGCUUCUGAAACAGAAUCUGAUCAUAGGGAUGAGCUUAGUGAUUGGUCAUUAGCCCCAGCAGAAGAAGAACGGGACAAUUACCUUCGCAGAGGAGAUGGGCGAAGACGUGGAGGUGGUGCACGAGGCCAAGGGGGCAGGGGUCGUGGAGGUUUCAAAGGAAACGACGAACAGUCUCGAACAGAUAACCGUCAGCGUAACUCUAGAGAUACUAAAGGGAGAACAGCAGAUGGAUCACUUCAGAUCAGAAUUGACUGCAAUAAUGAAAGGAGUGUCCACACUAAAACAUUACAGAAUACCUCCAGUGAAGGUAGUCGGAUGCGCACGGGUAAAGAUCGUAAUCCGAAGAAAGAGAAAUCGGACAGCGGGGAUGGUCAGCAACCAUUGGUGAAUGGAGUACCCUAAACUGCAUAAUACUUAAAGUCAUAUUUCCUAUACUGUUUCAGUAAUUCUUAUUCCACGUUAGAGAAACUUGUUAGGCCAAAGACGAAUAGCAGGCAAGAUGGCGCAGGGCAUGAAGUGAACAUAAAAGUUCUGUUAGCCUUUUUUAACAUCACCAGUAUGCAGUUGUUUUCAGAAUAAGAAGUUAUUCAAAUAUUUGCAUAAAAAUAUCUGAAUUUCUGAAAAAUGCUUUCAAGUACGUAUUGCACUUCAAACAAUGAAAGAUUCUUUUUUGUUUGUUUUAAAAAUACUGAGCUGUGCAUUGGUAUACUUUCUGUUCAGUUGUACCAUUUUAAUGCAUCGGGUCAAAAUCACUGCUCAAUUUCAAUUUUCAGAAUAAAUAGUGUUUGCAGUAAUCAAAUUGGGCUUCUGUUUUCAAUCUAACUUACAAGUUCUUCAUAAAAUGUUAUGUUGUUUUAUGUCCUGUGUCAGUUCACGUUUUGGUCCACUUUUUCAGUAUUUUAGUGGACCCUGAAAUAUGUGUGAUGUAACAAUUGUCAUUUUCAUUAGCAAAAAAGUUGUAUGAUCUGUGCCUUUUUUAUAUCUUGGCAGGUAGGAAUACUAUAUUUGGAUGCAGAAAUCAGGGAAGAUGAGUUGGAAACACUAAAUGUAAAAUAUAUGUAGCAAACCUUGUCAGACAUUAGUACUUUAUAGAAGAGUGCAUGCUUUCCAUAAUUUUUUCCUUACAUAAACAUCUGGUUAGGCAGUUAUAAGAAUAGGAAAUUUAUUUUGCACUGAAGAUUUGGCAGAUAGUGUUAUUGAGACAAGGGUGUAAUUUUUUUUUCUUCGUAGUCAGUACAGAAGUUUUUUAAAAAACCUUUCCAUUUGUGGAAAACUAAAAAAUUCAUCGUUACUGAGGGAACAAAUGUAACUUGUUCACAAGAUAGUAGUGUGUGCCUGCUAUUUGGCCAGAUGACCAGUUAAAAAUGCUAACCUGUUUCAUCUUCCCACGUGUUUAAAAGUUUAAUUUUGGGGCUUAUCUCAGGGGAGAUAGGAAGAAACUUACCAUGUGUGAUACCCUGUAAGGUGCAGGUGUAGUGUAGCUAGGUAACAUUGGAGGCAGGAUAAAUUCAUCAUAAUUUUUGAGGUACAAGCUCUGAUUCAGAAGCUAGUUGAAAGGUGUUGCAGAACUUGUUACGAAGUACAAUAGUACACCAGGAGAGAGGGGGUAGAAUUUAGAAUUGUACUUUUUUUUUCUUUUAUUUCUGAUCAUGAAUUGAAAUUUAUUGGGCAGAACUGUGUGAGGACCUUCAUUUUAAUCCAUUUUAUUAAAAUUACUCCAAUAGGAGAGCCACUGAUUAUGUACAGAACUGUACAAACCUGACCUUGCCUCUGAUGUAUUUUGUGAGUUUUGUUUCUUUGCUUUUUUUCCUUUGUUUUUUUUUUUCCUUGCAUACAAGUGAGCAUAUAAAAAUGGCAACAAACUGCACAUGAUAUAACAAAUAUAAAAAUGUCUUAAAGUAUUGCCAAACAUUAAUGUUGAUUUCUAGUUAUUUAUUUUGGGAAUGUAUAGUAUUUGAAAACAGAAAUUGGUACCUUGCACACAUCAUCUGUAAGCUGUUUGGUUUAAAAUACUGUAGAUAAUUAACCAAGGUAGACUGACCUUGUAAUGUAACUGCUCUUGGGCAAUAUUCUCUGUACAUAUUAGCUACAACAGAUUGGAUUUUAUGUUGACAUUUGUUUGGUUAUAGUGCAAUAUAUUUUGUAUGCAAGCAGUUUCAAUAAAGUUUGAUCUUCCUCUGCUAAUUGAUGUUGAUGCAAUCCUUAUAAACGAUUGCUUUUUUUAAAAAAGUCAACUUAUGGCAAGUAGAACUUAUAUUUCUCUGUUAAACUUUAACUGUAGUUAUUGUUUAUUUCCAUAUGUUGUAGAAAGCAUUACCAGAUUUCAAGUUUGGCGAUAAUGCUAAGAAUAUGAAACCUCACUGGUGAAACGGUACAAUACAUGCUGAGCUAUUACACUAUAUGCACUAUAUUUUUUACACUCAAUAGUUGAAUUCAAUAAGGUGCUAACUAGGAUUUAUGUGAAAUUGCUAGUUACUAAUUACUAAAAUUGCAGUUUGAUAGGUUAAUUACAUUCCAUUUUCAAGUGCAUUUUGGGGGUAAUGACAUUUUACAGUAUUUCUGUGUGCUGAAGUUGAACAUGUAUCCCUUUCGAUUCAAAUUCCACUGUUUUAAAUGUUAGCAAGUUUCAAAAACAUAAAUUGUAAAUCUAAAUGUAAAAUUUUAUUUUGAAAAAAUCAUGCGUUGUUACAAAGCUUGAAAGUGCAACAGAUGUCUGAUGCUUGGGUUCAGAUCCUACUGGUAACUUAUAAAAUAUGGUCUAAUGAAUUAAAAUUAUUUUAAAAAAAUAAAGGUUUUUUUUUUAA